AUGAAGGCAACAACAAAAACACAACACUAUUUGCAACUGUUUUCAACAGCUUUCAUUGCAUGACAAACCAACACGACAUCAGACCACACACGACGCUUCCGGAGCACAUGCUAUUGAGCCCAAAUUCCACCAACGGGAAUCCGUUCAAACAUCAAAAAUGAAGGACGUCCUUUUGGGGUUGAGACGCAUGUAAGUGAGCACAUUGACGCCAUAGCUCAAAACCGAGCCGCGCCGUGCGCGCGGGGGCCGUUUGACCGAUUUACGCAUAGCGUGCGAACUUAACGGCCUCUCGUGACAGCGGGACAGAUGCUUCUCAGCUCACCGCAGCUCACUGCGCAUGCUCCCGCGGCUCUCUGACCAGCGAGAGGAUGAACCACUCUCUGCUGUAGAACGCUCUGUGGGGAGGGCUGAUGGCGGCUGCUGAGGUCAACGUGUCUUCAGGGGAUCUCAUGACCGUGAGGGAGGAGGAAGAGGAGUCAAGUGGCAACAACCAUAAGACUGAAGUCAUCGUGCACCUGCAGCCCAUACUGCACGGGAUAAAUGAUGACACUGCUGAAACUGGCACGACAGUGUUGGCCAUCGAGGCACAUCACGAAAACAGUAGAGCGGAAGGAGAGGAGGUUGAGUAUGGCUACCCGAUCACCUGUGGAGACAGCAGAGCAGUUCUACUAUUUAAGAAGUUUGUGUGCCCUGGAAUCAACGUUAGAUGUGUCAAAUUCAAUGACCAGCUCAUCAGUCCAAAGCAGUUUGUACAUCUGGCAGGAAAAGCUACUCUGAAGGACUGGAAGAGGGCCAUCAGACUGGGAGGUGUGAUGCUCAGGAAAAUGAUGGACUCCGGCCAGAUAGAUUUCUACCAGCAUGACACCGUGUGCGGCAACACCUGCCGCAGCACUAAAUUUGAUGUGCUGAUCAACAGCACGCGGCUUCCUCCGGGGACCUCGGUGCAGCCGGGCCCGCCGUGUCUGGCUCUUGACCUUGUUGGAGGACGUGUGCCUCCCCUGACGGUAAUUUCAGGAGAGGUAGAGGAGAAUUUGGAGAAGAAGUUGAGUGCAACGGCAGAGUGGAGCCCUUAUCCAACCCGGCAUGUAAAUCCCACACCAGCCAACGGAUAUGGCGCGAAGAGAAAGAGGAGUGACCCCCCAGAUGGAGUACUGAGCUUGUGGAAGGGUGUGGUGGAUUCGGGGCUGAUGGGGGAGGUCCUGUCCAGUCUCCAGACUGAAUUAUUAGCCACUCUCAAAGGAGUGGAGGUUCGAAGUGAGAAGGCCAAUCUGCAGGAGACAGAUGCCGUCAUACUUAAUUCCCUGUGUAAGAUGUUUGGCCUUUUAGACUCAGUGAAGCGAGCUCUGGACCUGAAGCGCAGCUUGGAGGAAGGGAAGCAAACCCACAACAAUGUUUAUGUGUCGGAUGAGAUUUUGCAGCAGCAGAAGAGGCAGACUCGUGAUGAAAGCCGCUCCCACAAACCUCAGUCCUCGAAACACCUAAGACUUCAACGCCACAACUGUUCACACAGCCAGACCCACAACUUGCUGUCCCCUGUCAAAUCAAGCGCGGGGAUCCACCCUCUCUCCGCGGCCGGCUUAUCAUCUUUCGCUCACCUUAUGCUCCCCCUCAACCCUCAGCUCUUGGGCCAUUUCUCCGCCUCCGCUGUCCACAACGCCAAGCUGCAGAUGGAGCAUGAGAUCAGUGAGACGGGGAACCAGGAGAAGCUUCGCAGGCUGGUGCAGUAUGGCGUGGACGCAGAGGACGUCUUAGACAUCCACCAAGAGCUCGCACGGAGGACUGCUAGGCAUCAAGGGGACCCUCGCCUUAGAAGUGAGAGAGUGAAGGAGACAGAGGGCGCGUGUGUUAUCAACAAGGGGUCAAAGAAACAUAAAAGUAAGUGAGGGAGAUAAACAACGUCUAAAGGUGUCAAGAAGAGCCUUUCUGUUGGUGAGUGACUGACAUUGAAAUCACGAGUACAUUUCUUAUUAUUCAACCGUAAGGAAAUUAAUUGUCAACAUUUCUUUUCAAUUUUCAAUUCAAUUUAUUAUUGAAGUAAUUUUCUACAAAAUAAUCCCGACAGUAAACUUGGGCCAUUUUCCUUACCUUUGGACUUUGAACUGUUUUAGAAAUUGCAGUAAUUUUUGUAAUAUGAAGCUCUGGGAUCUGAGUUUUGUUUUGACUAUUUACUGAUAUUUUAUAGAGUAAUCUGCAAUGAACAGUAGACAGCAAUCAAUAACUAAACUAAUGGUUAUGUGCAGUCCUAAAACACAAACUUAUUUUGUCUACUGAAUAUAAUUUUAGGAACAAUACUUGUGUUUGCAUUUUUAAACUUAGUUAAUAUCAAAAUACAUUUCUAAGAAACCUGUAGUUCUGUGAAUACAAUAUUUGGUUCUAUUUCUGA